UAUAUAUAUUAUAAAUAUAUAUAUUACAUAUACAAUAUAGAAGAAAAUUAAUUUUAAUGUUAUUAUAUAUAUUUUUUUAACUUAUGUGUUAUUUUUUUAUAUAAAUAAUAAUAAUAUUUUGGUUUUAAUAAUAUCAUAUAAUACUAAUAUAAUAUAUAGUAUUAUAAGUAUAUUAUAAAGAAUUAGAAUAGAAUUUUAAUAUUUAUUUAAAUUCUUCAUUAAUUUAAUUGUUAUUAUUACUAUAUAUUUUUUUAAAUAUUAUUUUUUAAAAAAAUAUUUUUGUAAAUACGUAAAUUUAUGACAAAUUUAUGGUAAAUUUAUUAUUUAUAAUAAAUAAUAAAUGGACAAAUCACAAAUAAUGAUUUUAAUGUAUUUUAUGCAAUUUAAUAUGUCUAAAAAAAUAUAAAUAUUUAAAAAAUAUAUAGAUAAGAAUGUAAAAUAAAUUUAAUAUUCUAUAUAUCAUUAUAUGGAAUGAAUUUUUAAAUUAUGGAAACAACUGGAGAAUUUGUUUUAAAAAUGACAGAAUCAUUGACAGUAGAAGAAUCAUCAAAUUCACAAAAUAUAAAUAUAAAUAUUUCACAAGAUUCCGAAAACAAUAAAAUUAUAUCAGAAGAAAUAAAGAAAAAUAUACAAAAAAUAUCAGAAGUAAAUGAAAAUUAUAAUGAAAACUUAUUAGACAUAAUGAAUGAAAAUAAAGUUAUAAAAGAAAAAAUAACAGAAGUACAAAAUAAUGCAAAUUUAUUAGAUGUAAUACAGGAAAAUGAAUCUGUAAAAGAAAAAAUAUUAGAAAUACAAAACAAUGAAAAUUUAUUAGAUAUAAUACAAGAAAAUGAAUCUAUAAAAAAGAAAAUAUCAGAAAUUCAAAACAAUGUAAAAUCAAUCAAUAUAGAACAUGAAAAUAAAGGGAUGAAAGACAAAGAAAUGACACACUCAAAUCAAUUUUAUUGUAAUUGGAAUAAUUCUCCAAGAUUAUUAUGCGAAGCAACUGAAGAAUAUCAGUCAACAGAAUCACAUGAAAAUUUUACAAAAGGUUGUCAAUGGUCUCCAGAUGGAACAUGUUUAUUAGUACCUUCAGAAGAUUUUAGAAUUCGAAUUUAUGAGCUUCCCAGAGAAUUUUAUUCUGAGAAAUUUCCUUUAAAUUUAUCAUCCAAAAAAUUUUCAGCAGCAUUAACAGUAAAAGAAGGAGGACUUAUAUAUGAUACUUGUUGGUAUCCUUUUAUGAAUUCAUGGGAACCUGCAACUUGUUGUUUUUUAAGUACAAGUAGAGAAAGUCCUAUACAUUUAUGGGAUGCAUUUAAUAGUGAAUUACGAGCAACAUAUCGUGCUUAUAAUCAGGUUGAUGAAGUAGAAGCUGCACUUAGUAUUCAAUUUAUUGAUUCUGCCAAGGAAAUAUGGGCUGGUUUUAAAAAUACUUUAAGAAUUUUUGAUGUAGAACAACCAGGUCGUCAAAUAAAUACUAUUCAAUUUAAGAAAGAUUUUCCAAAUGUAAUAGGAUUAGUUUCCUGUAUUCGAGAAAAUCCAAUUAUGCCAAGAUUAGUUGCUUUUGGUACUUAUUCUAAAUAUAUUGGUUUAUAUAAAGAUGGUCCAUUAUGUACUUUCAAGACAGGAAAUGGUGUAACUCAAAUUGAAUUUAGUCCAUGUGGAACAAAAUUAUUUUCAGUAGUUAGGCGUAAUAAUGAAUUUUUAUGUUGGGAUCUUCGCAAUCCUGGUAUUGUGCUCUAUUCCCUUGAAGGACGUCAGUCUGAUACAAAUCAAAGAAUUCAAUUUGAUAUUAAAUCUAAUGGAAAGGAAAUAGUCUCUGGUAGUACAAAUGGAGAUCUUAUAGUUUGGGAAUUAUCAAAUUGUGAAAAUCUUAAUGCAAAAUAUAAAAUAAAGUUAUCUUGUGAUUGUAUAAAUGGAAUUAAUUUACAUAAAAAUUUACCAUUAGUUGCUACUAGUACAGGCCAAAGAAUAUAUGAUACUACAAUACAAAAUAGAGAUAAUAGUGUUCGAUUAUGGUCAUUUUUUUAAUUGAAUCAUAUAAUAAAUUAUUGUAAAUAAAGAUGCAAUUAUUAUAUAAGAGAAAUUUAUAAAUAAAUUAUAAAUUUUAUAUAA